AUGGACCAACAACAAAUCAGUGAUCUGGCCCAGCAGCUGGCUAGCCAGUUUGCAGCAAUGCGUCCGCAGCGGAAUCAGCAAGCCUCCACGGCAACCACCAAUCCUGCGGUGAACAGCGGCCAACCAAAGACGCCUUCAGAAGCCGAUAUCGCGCAAUUGGCCAAUCGACUUGGGAGUCUAUUGCAUCAGGAAGCAGGGAUAUCAUCAUCAGUCGCUACCCAAGAAGCUGCUGCUGACCCUUUCGCAUCCGUCUCUGACCCCUCCAUUUAUGAAAAGGAAUUUGUUGAUAAAUUCCUGCGUGUCAAUACGGCUGUCUUGGCAUACGAGGAUCGGCAGCUUCUAGACCAGGCCUACGAGCAAAUCCCCGUCGAUAAAUUUUACGAAGACAUAGAGGUCAUGGCCAAAGAACAUCCGGACGAUAGCACGGACGACAUUGUCAUAAGGCGGCUCUUGCAUUGGUUCAAGAACGAUUACUUCGUGUGGGUGAACGAGCCGCCAUGUGUCAGCUGCCAGGGCAAGACAGUGUUUGCAGGAGGUAUUGCACCAACGGACCAAGAGAGGCAGGAUGGAGCAGGAUUUGUGGAGACCUACAGAUGCACCCAGUCAUCUGAGGAAGUUGUUGAUGUGACAAGACGUUAUACAGUCGAAUACGACGAAGUUGUAGUGCAAAGACGAAGAUCAAUCCGAGAACCCGUUUUGGCCAGGUUUUUACAUCGACUGUCCGAGUCAAACUUGGGACGAUUAGGCCUGGAUCAAACAGAAAUCCAAGCUAUCAAACAAAGACAAGUGCUGGAGAUGGAUGAGCUCUUAGGGAAGACCGGCGACAAUCGGUCCAUCGAAACAAAGGAUCGAGAAAGCGGUUCGGACGAAUGGGCCAGGGCCCGGGGCGAGAGGCGUUAG